AUGAAUCAGAAUCAGAAUCAGAAUGAGGGUGAGUGGGAAAACCACCCUCUAAUGGAAGCUGCUCAGAAUGGAAACAGAGAAAGCUUGUAUGAAGAGCUUGGGAGAGACCGCUUUAUUCUUCAGAAAGCAGAUCAAGAGUUCAUAGAUAAUCCAUUACAUGUCGCCGCGUUGAAUGACAAAGAUCUCUUUGUAGCUGAAAUUGCAAACGUGAAGCCUUCAUUGUGUAGAAGGCUAAACAAAGAUUUAUGGAGUCCUCUACAUAUAGCUGCUGAAAAAGGAAAUAUAGAAACUGUGAAGAAGCUCUUGAAAGUAGAUAAACAACUCAGUUUCAUCAAAGGUCGGGAGGGGAUGGUCCCUCUUCACUGUGCAGCAAAAUCUGCAGAUGACCGGAGUGAGGUUAUAAAGGAGCUCCUCUCUGCUUGCCCCAAAUGUAUCAAAGCAUUAAGUAACAGAAAUGAGACAGCUCUUCACAUUGCUAUUGUAGAUCUGCUGCUUUGUAAGUACAGUUACUUUGUUAGAAAGGCUGCGAAAAUAAACACGACGAACAACAGUAGAAAGACAGCAUUGGAUGUCUUGACGAAAACCCGAACUGAAUCACUUUGUAAUGGAACCAGAGCCAAUGGAUCUCAAACAGAACCAGUUCAGGAGGAAUUGCUAGGAAUUGUCACUGACAAGGUGCAAGAAGAUAAAGAUGAAACAGAGGUGAAAAUACGAAAGAUCCUUCGAAAGGCAGGCGCAAAGAGUUCUGAAGAUAUUUGUUGCACACCAUGGCAGAAGAAUGCUUCAAAAAAGAAAAGGGCUUUAGAUUCUGGAAUCAAAUGGUUGCUCAAGAUCCCAAAUUUCCUUAGUUUCAAGGUAGAUAAAGACACUCCAAGCGAUGUUCGCAAUGCUCUGUUGGUGAUUUUUGUUCUGAUCGUGGCUGCAACAUACACAACCGGAAUUAACCCUCCAGGAGGCCUUUGGCAAGAUGACAUCCAUCAUCACUCUGCAGGAACAUCAGUUUGGUUUGAUCAUAACCCAAACUCUUUCCAAGUUCUAAUGCUUUUUAACUAUGCAGGGUUUCUUGUGUCUCUUGUCCUGGUUUUCAAUCUCACAGAAGGAUACCCUUUACGAGGUCCGAUUCUACUAGCCCUACUCUUUAUGUUGGUGACCUAUGGAUUGUCGAUUCGCAUCUUGUUUCUGGGCAAGGGUCCUUUGGCAGUGUUGAUCAAUGGAAUGAUAUUGACUGUUCCAUUACCUGUGGCAUUAGUCCUUUUGGUUGCUACUGCAAAUUGGAUAUGGGAGAUUAAGGAGUAG